AUGACUAGAGGUUCUUUAUUGGGUCAGGUGAAGAUGUCGUUGCCAUGGGAACUGUUAAUCCUGCUGUCACUCAGAGCGUGCCUAGCUGAAGACACACGCCACGGUCCCGUCUUCACCCAGGAGCCCAGUGACAGCGUGUUCCCACUGAGCUCCGAUGAUAAGCAGGUGUUUAUUAAUUGCAAAGCGAAAGGAAACCCACCUCCGCAAUAUAGGUGGAAAGUUGAUGGGAGAGAAAUAAAGCCGGAGUUGGAGAGCCACUACAGCUUCGUGGAGGGGAAUCUUCUGAUCAAUAACCCCCACGUCAUCAAUCAUGGAGGAGUGUAUCAGUGCAUCGCUACCAACACGUUCGGCACUGUGGUCAGCAGAGAGGCCAAAGUCCAGUUUGCUUUUUUGCAGAACUUCAGCCAGAAGAUGAGGAACACAGUGUCAGUGAGGGAGGGUCAGGCUGUGGUGCUGCUCUGUGGACCCCCGCCACAUUAUGGAGAGAUCAAAUAUUCCUGGGUUUUCAAUGGUCAGCGUGGAUUCCUCCAGCAGGACGCCCGCCGUUUCAUCUCACAACGAACAGGAAACUUGUACAUCGCCAAGGUGGAACUUUCAGACCAGGGCAACUACACAUGUGCUGUGAGAAAUAUGAUGACCAAUACCAGUGUGCUGAGCUCCCCUACCCCAGUGGUCCUGCGCAGAGACGCUGUGAUGGGUGAAUAUGAACCUAAAAUUGAGGUCCGUUUCCCUGAGACUCUCCAUGUCUCCAAGGGAUCUUCAGUGAAGUUGGAGUGUUUUGCCUUAGGAAACCCAGUGCCGUCCAUCUCAUGGAGAAGAGCUGACGGAAACCCACUCCCUGGCAAGAUUAAAAUCAACCACUCCAGCGGGGUCCUGGAAAUCCCAUACUUUCGCCCUGAGGAUGCGGGUGUGUAUGAGUGCGUGGCCCAGAACAGUAGAGGUCGAAACGCCGCCAGAGGACAACUCAUAUUCUAUGAUGUGGAACAUCUGCACUGGGCCCACACUCUAAAAGACACACAGAUGGCCAUUGAUACAAACCUGCAGUGGGAAUGUAAAGCCUUAGGGAAACCCAGGCCUACAUACAGGUGGCUGAAGAAUGGACAGCCUCUAACAUCACAGGGCCGGCACUAUGUAGACUGUGGGACACUGUCUAUCUCUAGAAUCAGCCUGUCUGAUGCGGGCAUGUACCAGUGUGUGGCAGAGAAUGACCUAGGAGCUGUGUAUGCCAGUGCGGAGCUCAAGGUUGUUGCCUCCCCCCCGGACUUUAGCCAGCGGCCUGUGAGGAAGUCCACGGUGGUGCAGAAGGGAGGAGAGCUGCUCCUGGAGUGCCGGCCCUCUGCCUCCCCUCGGGCUCUGGUCUUCUGGUGGAGAUGGGGCCAGCUGCUUAAGGACACAGAGAGACAGACUAUCUUGGAGGAUGGGUCCCUCCGGAUCGCUAACGUCACACAGUCUGAUGCAGGGAGGUACACCUGUGUGGCCAGGAACCACUUUGGAUCAGCCAGCAGCACGGGGGCAGUCGUGGUCAAGGAGCCAACAAAGAUAAUUGUCCCUCCAUUGAGUCUGGAUGCCACACUGGGACAGAGUCUGGUGUUGCCGUGUGAAGUGUCCAGCGACCUGUCUCUGAGCCCAAGUUUUAAGUGGUUCUUCAAUGGCAAGCCCAUUGAUUUCAGCCGGCAGGAGCACUUUGAGAUGAUUGGAGGGGGAUUUGCCGGUGACCUUAUGGUGAGGAAUAUUCAACUGAAGCAUUCUGGGAAGUACGUCUGCAUGGUGCAUACAGAGUUGGACACUGUCUCAGCUGCUGCAGAUUUGAUUGUCAGAGGACCUCCAGGAGCACCGGAGAGCCUGGUGGUGAGCGACAUCACAGACUCAACAGUGCAACUGCGUUGGGGAGCUGGUCCAGACAACCACAGCCCCGUCACAAGUUACAUGGUACAGGCCAGAACCCCCUUCUCUAUUGGCUGGCAAAGUGUUCACACAGUUCCAGACCCUGUCCCCGGACACAUUCUGCAGGCAACAGUGAAGGACCUGAGCCCCUGGGUGGAGUAUGAGUUCAGGGUGGUUGCGAUCAACAGUGUGGGCAUUGGUGAACCCAGUUUGCCUUCCAAGCAGAUAAGGACUAAAGCUGCAGUCCCCAAGGUGGCGCCCCUGAGCGUGAGCGGUGGGGGAGGAGCACGAGGAGAACUGGUGAUUUUGUGGGAGCCCGUUCCAGAGGAGCAGCAGAGUGGGGAGGAUUUUGGUUACAUCGUGGCCUUUCGGCCUGUGGGCAGUAGCACCUGGAUUCAGUCUGUGAUGGCCUCCCCUGAUGCAUCUAGAUAUGUGUACAGGAACGACAGCCUCCUGCCUCUGUCACAGUACGAGGUGAGAGUGGGCGUGUUCAACAGCAGAGGGGAGGGGCCUUUCAGCCGCUCCAUCACUGUGCUCUCUGCAGAGGAAGAGCCGUCUGAAGCCCCAUCCAAAGUGUGGGCUCGCUCUGUGUCAUCCUCCGAGAUCGACGUGUUCUGGGAGUCCAUUCCCAGCGGCUCUAGCACCGAGAUCAUUACAUAUGAGGUGGUGUUCUGGGAGGAGGGCUCUGAGGUGAAAGAUGCAGAGAGAGUGAGGGUGGCCAACAGCACAGUGCGCCUCUCCUCUCUGAAGCCCAGCACAGUCUAUGUGAUCUCAGUCAGAGCUCAGAACAGUGCAGGACUGGGACCCAGGAGCCCUGCUUUCAACAUCACCACUAAGAAACCACCACCAAGUCAGCCUCCAGGGAACAUUGAGUGGAACCUGACCAACUCCAAGAUCUUUCUAAAUUGGGAACAUGUCAAGGCACUGGAAAAUGAGUCUGAGGUGACUGGAUACAAGGUUGUGUACCGUCCAAACUGGAACACUAGAACUUUGGUUUUAGAGACCAGAAGUCCCAGUGUGGAGUUACACAUCCCAUCUGGGGACGACUACCUCAUAGAGAUUAAAGUGCAGACUGAAGGAGGAGAUGGAGCCAGCAGCGGGCCCAUCCGCAUCCCAAUGAUGUCCAGUAAGUUCUAA